GUGUUAUUGCGUGUGACAUGUGAGCCCACAGAUAUGGAGUAAACCAGCGCCGGGGAUGGAAACACGGUGAAGAAAGAAGAUUGUCAUGGCGGACCCAGAGGUGUCAACACAAAGUGGGGGCUAUGAUGUGGAGCUGUUUGUGGACACUCCAGACUACGAUCUGAUCUGCACCAUAUGCCAGGGGGUCCUCAGGUGUCCAGUAAGAGCUGCAUGCCACCACAUCUUCUGCAAGAAAUGCAUCCUACAGUGGCUGAAGAGACAGGAGACCUGCCCCUGCUGCAGGAAGUCUGUCAACCCGAGCUUGAUCUUUGUCAUGUUCAAGCUGAGCAAAUCUAUUGGACGCAUGAAGAUCAAGUGUAAGAAUGAGAUCCGUGGUUGUGCAGAGACCUUCCCUCUCUCGGAGCAAUACUGCCACAGCAUGAGCUGUCUGUACGAGCUCAUCCCGUGUCCGUACCAGGGCUGCCGGGCACAGCUCCUCCGCAGGGACCUGGACACCCACGCACGCCACUGCGAACACUGGCGUCAGCCCUGCCACAUGGGUUGUGGGACAAUUCUCUCCCACCGCACCCAGGCUCAACACAACUGCUACAAGCAACUGAGGCAGGAGUACGAGGCCAGACAGAGGAACCACAGGGCCAUCGCAACAACCCUGCAGAGGAAGAUGAGGAGGAUGCAGAGCACCAUGACCCACAUGAAGAGGCAGAUAGGGCUGAUCUGUGAAAGCCUGGAAGUGAUGGAUGAUCUGCACGAGGUGGAAGAGGAGGACCUUGGAGAGAGCAGUGGCAGCUCUGGUGGGACUCCAAGUAGCAGCAACACCAACUGCUGAGGGACAGUUACUGCUGCUUAUUGGCUGCUGCUGUGUAUAAUAUCUGCAUGUCAUUUCUUCUUUCAAGGUGUGUGUUUUUAGAAAAUGUAGAUACAUGAAUAAAAAGAGUGAAUUAACAAUCUUGUGCUGUAGUUUAAUCUGUUUUGUCAAUACAGUAUU